AUGCAGGUUACGUUCCCCAUAGUCACUGGCCGCCAGAAGACUCUCGUCGCCACCUCCAUCAUCUUCAGCGUCUUGCCCGCCGUCGCUGUCGCCCUCCGCAUCAUCUCGCACCGCCUUGCACACCGCUCUCUGAGCGGCAGUGACUACUGCGUGAUCGCGGCGGCCGUGUUCGCCAUCGGCUACCAGGCGGCCUCGCUCACGGCCGUUGCCCACGGCGGGACGGGUUACGGGCACGAGGAGGACAUCGUCGCCAAGUACGGUGAUGGCCCUGUCACCCACCUGCUCCAGGUCGUCUUCUCGUUCGAGCUGCUCUGGUCGAUCAGCAUGAGCCUGUCCAAGACGUCCAUCCUGCUGCUCUAUAUCAAGGUCUUCCGAGACUCAUACGUGGCCUUCGCCUCCAAGAUCACCAUUGUCAUCGUGAUCCUCUGGCCCAUCGCCACCGUCCUCGGCGCCCUGCUCAUCUGCAGACCGCUCGCAGCCAACUGGAAGAAUGUCAAGGGCAGCCACUGCGGCGACCAAGUCGCGUUUUAUUUCAUCAGCGGCGUGAUUAACCUGGCAACCGACUUUAUCGUCGUGGGUCUCCCGCUGCUGCAUUUAUACCGUCUCCGGCUGCCUAAGGAGUCUAGAAUUGGCCUGAUGAUCGUAUUCGGCCUAGGUUUCCUAACUUGCAUCGUCAGUAUCAUCCGCCUCCCAACUUUAAUGAGCAUGGUGUGGACCGACCUCACCUGGACCAUCAGCAUCCCAAACAUCCUCACCGGCAUCGAACCGAGCAUGGCCGUAACCCUGGCUUGUGUACCACUCCUCAAGCCCCUGCUCGGC